AUGGCGAUAGCGAAGGUAAAUUUACCGAUGUUGGGUGUAGGAGUUCUUGCUGUGGAUUUCACGAUGUUGAGUGUAGAGAUUGUUUUUUAUACAGUGAUCAGUUACCAACCGGCCACCUUUCACCAACCCUCUAUAGACCAACUAUCGAGACCAACACAUUGUAGUCGCAUCCGGGAAAGCAAUGCCCUAACUCCCGUCAUUUUCGCUAGGAAUCUUGCUGGCUGUAUACAGGAUGCGAAGAGUUGGUUGCUAAUCCGAAUGCAAGUACCUGGUACUUUCCAAGCCCUGGCGUACUGA